AUGUUCGCACCUUCAAGUUCAUCUUACAACUAUUCCUUUCUCACCAAUCCGGCCUCUCAAACUUCAUCACUCCCUCAAAAUGGCCAUCAAUCGAAUCGACAAUCCGCUCACGGCGGUAAUGGGCCAAGAACCGUUCAAACCCUCGACGAGAUGUAUGCGGUUCCAGAAAAUUACUUGGAGAUAGAGGUUCGCCAUCCUGUCACCCACGAUAACGUCAGGAAACCUUACACGGACUACGAAAUCACUUGUCGCACCAAUAUACCGGCUUUCAAAGUGAAAUCCUCAUCUGUCCGUCGUCGAUACUCCGAUUUCGAGGCUUUUAGAGACAUACUUGAGCGAGAGAGCACUCGUGUCAACAUUCCUAGUUUACCUGGAAAAGUCUUCACUAAUCGGUUCAGCGAUGAGGUAAUCGAAACUCGUCGAGAAGGCUUAGAACGUUUCCUUCAGAUUGUCGCUGGGCACCCUUUACUUCAAACUGGCUCCAAGGUACUCUGUGCAUUUUUACAGGAUCCACAAUGGAACGCUCAUAAUUGGUGA